AUGAUUACUGCAGUUCAUUUCACUAUGAUUACUGCAGUUCAUUUCUCAAUGAUUACUUCAGUUUAUUUCUCAAUAAUUACUGCGGUUCAUUUCUCAAUAAUUAGUGCGGUUCAUUUCUCAAUGAUUACUUCAGUUCAUUUCUCAAUGAUUACUGCAGUUCAUUUCUCAAUGAUUACUGCAGUUCAUUUCACUAUGAUUACUAGAGUUCAUUUCACUAUGAUUACUACAGUUCUUUUAUUAAUGAUUACUACAGUUCAUUUAUCAAUGAUUACUACAACACUAUGA